AUUCAGGGCUGAUAAUUAACUCUGGGAUGAUAAUUAAUUACGGGAUGUGAAUUUUAGGAUGAUAAUUAAUUAAUUCCGGGAUGAUAAUUAAUUCCAGGAUGAGAAUUCUGGGGUGAUAAUUAAUUAAUUUUGGGAUGAUAAUUAAUUAUCUCAAGGCUGUUAAUUAACUCUGGGCUGAUGAUUUAUUAACUCUGGGAUGAUAAUUAAUUUUGGGAUGAUAAUUAAUUCUGGGAUGAUAAUGAACUCCAGGAUGGGAAUUCUGGGAUGAAAAUUAAUUAACUCCAGGCUGUUAAUUAACUCUGGGCUGUUAAUUAAUUAACUUUGGCAUGAUAAUUAAUUCCAGGCUGGGAAUUCUGCAUUGAUAAUUAAUUCUGGGAUGAGAAUUAAUUAAUUCCAGGCUGUUAAUUUGGGCUGAUAGUUAAUUAACUUUGGGCUGAUAAUUAAUUAACUUUGGGCUGAUAAUUAAUUAACUCCGAGCCGUUAAUUAAUUAACUGCAGGCAUGGUUGACGUCAUCUUCGCCGACGUGGCGCAGCCGGACCAGACGCGGAUCGUGGCGCUGAACGCGCAUCACUUCCUGCGCUGCGGGGGGCACUUCCUCAUCUCCAUCAAGGCCAACUGCAUCGACUCGACGGCGCCGGCCGAGGCCGUGUUCGCGGGCGAGGUGAGGAAGAUGACGGCCGAGAGGAUGAAGCCGCAGGAGCAGCUGACCCUGGAGCCCUACGAGAGGGACCACGCCGUGGUGGUCGGCGUCUACCGGUGAGACUUGGACUG